GUGUUUGGCCCUUUGACCCCUCUCCCUUUUUGACGGAGCCGCGUGUGAAGGCCUGUGUUCUCGGUGUGGAACCUGGGUUUGGCGUCCUCCUCUCCCCCGGUGACAGAGCCAUGAGUGCCAUUGAGCAGAUGCGGGCCAACGUGGGCAAGCUGCUAAAGGGCAUCGACCGAUAUAACCCUGAGAACCUCUCAACUUUAGAAAGAUACGUGGAGACCCAGGCCAGGGAGAAUGCCUAUGAUCUGGAAGCCAAUCUGGCAGUACUCAAACUGUACCAGUUCAAUCCCGCAUUUUUCCAGACUACCGUGACUGCACAAAUCUUGCUAAAGGCCCUGACUAACCUGCCGCACACAGACUUCACGCUCUGUAAGUGUAUGAUCGACCAGGCCCAUCAGGAGGAGCGGCCGAUCCAACAAAUCCUAAAUCUGGGUGACCUCUUAGAGACCUGUCAUUUCCAGGAAUUCUGGCGCAAUCUAGAAGAAAAUGCUGAGCUAAUUGACGGAAUAACAAGUUUUGAAGAUUCUGUGCGUAAAUUUAUCUGUCACGUGGUUGGAAUCACAUAUCAAACAAUAGAUAAGUGGCUGCUGGCUGAAAUGUUAGGAGACCUGACAGAUUCCCAGUUGCAAGCUUGGAUGAGCAAGUAUGGGUGGACAGAGUCAGAACCUGAUAAAAUCUUCAUUUGCAACCAAGAAGAAAGUAUCAAACCUAAAAAUAUUGUGGAGAAGAUAGAUUUUGACAGUGUGGCAAGUAUCAUGGCUUCAUCACAGUGAAAUCCCAAAGUUCCUCAGUUUUGUUUUCAGACCAAAUAAUACUUUCUAUAAUACAUUAUUGACAAUAAAGUUGAAAUCAUUUA